AUGACCACGCUUGUCAUCGCAAUUGGAUCGCUCCUCCUCUACCUCCUUGCCUACCAUACCUAUGGAAAGUGGCUGGGCAAAAAACUCUUUAAACUCAGCGCCGAGGCCAAAGUCCCCUCGAUCGAACUAGAAGACGGCAACGACUACGUCCCCACGCAGAAAAAUAUCGUCUUCGGCCAUCACUUCACCUCCAUUGCAGGCACCGGCCCCAUCGUUGGACCUGCCCUUGCCGUCAUCUGGGGUUGGGUUCCCGCUUUGAUCUGGGUUCUGGUCGGCUCUAUUUUCAUCGGCGCAGUCCAUGACUUCGGCUCCCUCGUGGUCUCACUCAGAAACAAAGGUCAGACCGUGGGAGACAUUGCCGGGCGUGUCAUCACCUCACGCACGCGCAUCCUCUUUCUCACCAUCCUCUUUGUCGCCCUCACCAUUGUCCUCGCCAUCUUCGGUUUGGUCAUCGCUGCCGUCUUUAAAGCCUACCCUGCCGCCAUAUUUCCCUGCCUGAUACAAAUUCCGCUCGCUAUCUUAAUCGGUUCCUUCCUUCAUCAAAAAGGCGCCAACAUCCUCAUCCCCUCACUGAUCGCGCUUGCCAUUAUGUAUCUCUCCGUCAUCUACGGAAAUGUCGGCUUUUUAGGUGACUUCAAUGCCUACAUGAAGCAACUCAGCAUCAUUCAAUGGGUCGGCCUGCUCCUUGUCUAUUCUUCCGUCGCCUCCGUCCUUCCCGUCUGGACACUUCUCCAACCGAGAGAUUACAUCAACUCUCUCCAGCUUCUCUCCGCACUUGGCCUCGUCGUUCUCGGCCUCAUCGUCACUGCUUUUCUUGGAGGCGCGCCAGUAGAUGACGCCCGACCCACUUUGGAAAUCGUGGCCCCCGCGAUCAAUCUCAAUCCAUCCGGCGCGCCGCCCGUCUUUCCUUUUCUCUUCAUCACAAUCGCCUGUGGAGCGGUCUCAGGCUUCCACUGCCUUGUCUCUUCUGGCACCAGCUCCAAACAACUCAAAUGCGAAACCGAUGCCACCUUCGUCGGCUAUGGAUCGAUGCUCACCGAGGGAUUUCUUGCCGUUUUAGUCAUCCUCGCCUGCGUGGCUGGCUUAGGGCUCGGCACUGAGGUCAAUCAAGAACACUUCACCGGCACCGCGGCCUACGAAGCUCGCUACGCCUCAUGGGAUUCCGCCAAGGGACUCGGUGAAAAAGUCGGAGCAUUUGUCGAUGGCAGUGCCAACUUUUUACAAUCGCUCGCCCUACCCGCAUCCGUAGCCAUCGCCUUAAUGGGAGUCUUUGUCGCCUCCUUUGCCGCCACCACCCUCGACACCGCUUGCCGACUUCAAAGAUAUGUCAUCCAAGAACUUUCAGCUUCCAUCCUCCGCCUCCGAUCAAAAACAAUUCCCGCUGCCAAAAAAAUAAAACUCGGAAUCAACCCCCUCACCUGGCUCACCAAUCGCUACGGUGCCACCCUCUUUGCCGUGAUCCUAGCCUACUUCAUCGCUCAGAUCCCCGCCACCGCCGGUGCACCUUCUGGCACUGGCGGCAAACUCCUCUGGCCUCUUUUUGGCGCCACCAAUCAACUGCUGGCGGGACUCGCUUUUCUUGUCAUUAGCUUCUGGCUCAGACGCCGUGGAUUACCCACCUGGCUCACCCUGAUCCCUGCCAUUAUCAUGCUUUUUUUCCCUGCCUUUGCCAUGAGCAUCCAGAUUAAAUCCUUUGCUACAGGAGGGAACUGGCUCCUCUUCGGCCUGGGCUUCGGCACGAUCCUACUCGAAAUUUGGAUGAUUAUUGAAGCUCUCGUCGUCUGGAAAAAAGCCAAAGGAAUCAUCGAAUCCGAGGACACAGCUCUGAGCGAAUCAAUCGAUGGCCGCUCGUGCUAA